AUGCAAAACACGGAUAAUCCCCAAGACGAUGCCGUUGCAACCACACCGGUAGCUACUAUCAACCACACCGAUCAUCAAGACGAAGCCGUGAAUCCCCAUGAACAGUCCGAUGGCUCCAUAAGUAUUGGCUUUUUGAUGAGAGCUCAAGAAGCGCCACAACAACAAUCCGAGUCGGAGGAUCACACUGACAUUGAAAGCCAGGGCUGCAUGUUAUCCAAAGACGAAGACGAAGACGAAGAGGAUUCGGAUGACGAAGCGGAUCGGCCGACAAACGAAUCAAGCCGUGUUUUGCAGGAAGGAGUGUCCAAGGAAGGAGGAUCCGAUGGCGACAACGACGUAGAAAGCCAGUGCGGCCUGCUAUCGGCCGACGAAGAUGACUCCGAGGCAACUGAGACAUCUGGCCUCCUCCAAGUGAGUCUCCACUCGCGGCGCUCUCAGUUUAGUCGACAAUCCUUGGACAUGAACGACGACAGUUUCAACAUAGAUAAUGAGGAAGAGCGUGACCCAGGAGUGAUGGCAGACGUCCCUCUCAUGGACGAGAAAGAAAUGGAAAUCGGCAAAAAAGGAACGGAUGAAGACUCUGAUGAAGCGGAGGACCAAGAUAACCAGUCGGUCAUGAGUGAUAGCGAACAGGAUGACAUGUCUACCGUUGACCUUGACCAGCAGAAAGAGGAAGAAAUAAAGCACUCAAUGAUGUAUGGUAUCUUGAGUGCAACCGGAAUGAUGCUUAUUGGCAAAUUCAUCACCUUUGUCGUCAAGUUAUGCAAAAGAAUGAAUUCUAGUUCUGACGAUGCAACAUCAGCCAAUGACAACUUGCCAGGAAACAACAAUGUCCAGACAGGAGACCAAGCCAGUGUCCAGCAGCAGCCCGCAGCAAGUGCAGUCAAUCCAGUCAUUAUGAGCCAAAUUGUUGGCCCGAUUGGUGGUCAAAUGGCAAUUCAGAUGGCCACUGUGGCGGCACAGUCUGCCACAGCAGCUGCAGCUGCAGGAUCAACUGCUGCUGCUGGAGCGGCUACUGCAUCUACUGGAAUACUGGCCUCAAUUGGCUCCGCUUCUCUUGGCACCCAAAUUGCAGCUGCUGUAGGAUUGGCAGCAGCUGUUGCUGCCACAGCCAUCUCUGCUGGAAUGGUGCUGAGUUCUCCUACAGUCGAAACCAUAGCUUCCCUCACUGAUUUGAAUACCACAUCCCAGAAUAUGUCCAACAUCUCAGACUGGUCAUACCCAUCCACAUUUACAGGGCACUUCACCGGUAAUUUUACAAACAUCUUCACGUCAAAUUCCACCAACUACACUGAUGACACAUCAUACAAUUUGGCAGCCGCGGCGGUGUGUGCAGACUAUGAAGAGGCAACCGAGCUGAAAGAAGCCAUUGUCAGUCUCGUGAUUGAGGGUCUUCCUCAAGGAUUCCCAGAAGCUCACACAAAAAGUCUUGAAGAAUUCCUUGUGCUCAGCUACAACGCUCUCUCAGGAAUGUGCAAUGGGGAAUUCCUAAGAGUGGUCCAAAGUGCAGAACUGACAGAUGUCAACACCGUCCAAGCUGGUCCCAACAAGCUAUACACCUACACAAAAUGGCAUGUCACUUUGACUUGUGUGGGUUGCCCUGAUGAUAAUCCCAUGUUUGGAUCUGCCUUGGGUGAUGACACAGCCGCAACUGAAGGGCCUGCCACUGCCAAUUCUGGCAGUAGUCGUAAUCUACAAAGUGAUGGAUUCGUCUUGAUGACAAGCCUUCUUUACUCUGACUGGGUUGAAGCACUCAUCUUUGAGUGGGUACAACAUUUCCCAGAAGAACUGUCAAUUGACGAUGGGGAAGAUGGACAUGGUGUCCGUCUGUACUAUGGGUCAGUCCUUGAUCCAAACAAUCCCUAUAAGAUUGUGGCAGAAACUUUAACAAAUCCAUUCGAUGCCCCAGGAAAACCAGGUGAAGCAACCUCAGAACCUACGGAUUCCUUUACCAAUGUGCCAUCACACUCACCUACUAGCCCAGAUGAGCCAUCAACUGGAAUGUCCUCUGUGUCCCCCGCAUCACUUCCCAGUGCAAGCGGUGGCAUCCCAAUGAGUAGUCCAACAGUCAGUCAGAUAACACAGAAACCAAGUCCAGCCCCUGUUACGCUUACAGAACUGUUGGGUGCAUCGGUAGCACAGGGGACACCAGCUGCUGGUCCCGUCACACAGAGACCAACCAUACUGGAAUCAUCUACUGUAAGUCCAACCACCACACACCCCAAGGUUGAGGGCGGGGACCCCAUUGCUGCACCAACCCCAGCAGCUUCUAUCACUUCAAUGCCAAGCACUAGACAAGCAGGAACCCCAACCGCUGCCAACCCCACUACAUUCAUAGAAACUGAUGCGAACUUGGCAUCAACCACUCCCAACAACCCCACAAGCAGACAACCCACAAGUGAGUCUCCAACUACUGGGACACCGACAGUGAAUAGUCUACUAGAACCAAGCGUUUCUCCAAGCACAAAGAGCACUACAACAACCAUUCCAAGUAGUGCUAAAGCCCCUGCAUCACCAACCACAGAGGCUCCAGCCUCAAAGGACUCUGUCUCUGCAAGCCCCACAGCUGGAGCCCCUAAAAAUGACUCUCAAUCCACUGUCGCGCCCACUGUGACUCCUGGAGAACCCACUAUUCCCCCAACCACGAUUCGUCCCACUACAGCUAUCCCAAGCAAUGUCCCAGGCUCGUCUUCGCCAACCACACAUGCUCCAACAUUACAAGCCCCUCUCUCAGCUAGACCCACACUAGUGCUUCCUACUAAUGGCUCUCCAUCCAAUGGGACACCCACGGUUACUCCAGGAGAGCCUAGCACUGCUCCAACCUCAAGGAGUCCUAUGACAACCACCAUCCCAGGUAGUUCUCCAAACUCUGUUUCGCCCAUCACAGAGGCACCAACAUCAAAAGGGCUUUCCUCGGCUAGCCGCACAACAGGACGUCCCACAAGCAACUCUCCAUCCACUGGAACGCCCACGGUUAUGACGGGAGACCCCAGUGUUGCUCCGACUACAAUGAGUCCUACCACAGCUAUCCCAAGUAGUGUCCCAGUUUCUGCUUCACCCACCACAGUCACUCCCACCUCUCAGGCUCCUGACUCUCCAACCACAGGGACACCCACUGCAACACCUGGAGAACCCACUGUUGCUCCAACCACAAGGCGUCCUACAACAUCCCUCCCAAGUAGUCCUCCAUUCUCUCUGUCUCCCACCACAAAGGCUCCAGCCUCACAAGCACCUGCCUCGGCUAACCCCACAUCAGGAAGUCCAGCAAGUGACUCUCCAUCCACUGGCACACCCACUGUGGCUCCUGGAGAACCCAGUGUUGGUCCUACCACAAGGCUUCCUACAACAUCCAUCCCAAGUAGUUCACCCACCACAAAGGCUCCCUCGGCUAGCCUGACAUCAGGAACUCCGACAAUUGACUCUCCAUCCACUGGCACGCCUUCUGUGACUCCUGGGGAGCCCAGUGUUGCUCCAACCACCAGAACCCCAACCACCACCUCACCUACAACUUCGAGCCCCACUAGCUCACCUCCAACUACCGGCAAUCCAUCAACUGUGUCACCAUCGAGUGAUGCACCUGUCACUUCCAUUCCGACUGCAUCCACAGGAACGCCUAGUGUAACACCAACCACAGAGAGCCUGGUCAUUUCCAUACCAACGUCCACACCCAUUGGCAGUCCCACAAGAAGCCCCAUGGAAACUCCUGAAAUCACAGGAACGCCCACAGGAACUCCAACUGGCGUACCAACAAGAAUGCCAACUGGAAACCCCACAGGCACUCCAACUGGAACCACUGGAAGUCCCACAGCAUCACCAACCAAUAUGCCGACUGGAGAUCCUGCUGGGACACCAACAACUGGAACGCCAAGAAGCAUUCCAACAGGUGCCCCCGCCGGAACCCCAACUGGAAACCCUACAGGCACUCCAACAUUAACCCCUGGAACUCCAACAGACACUCCGAUUGGUUCCCUGACCAGCACACCAACUGAAACUUUUAGUGGCACUCCAACUGGGACCACUGGAACUCCAACAUUUUCGAUGACUGGAACACCCACUGAAACACCAACCAAAACCCCAACUCAAAUUCCGACUGGAACCACUACAACUCCAAAAGGCGAUCCCACAGGUGUCCCUACCGGGAGCAAUCCAAGGACUCCAACAGGCACUCCCACUGGUACACCACCUGGAAACCCUACUGGCGCUCCAGCUGGCACCACCGGAACUCCCACUGGUGCCCCAACAGGCCACCCUACUGGAAAGCCAACAGGAACCCCCACUGGCACUCCAACUGGAACCCCAAUUGACUCUCCAACUGGAACCACCACUGGCACUCCAAUAGGCUCCCCAACAGGAACUCCCAUUGGCUCACCUACAGGCACACCGACAGCUACCCCAACUGGCACUCCAACUGGGACCACUGCGGACCCCAACAGGCACUCCCACGGGUUCCCUUACCGGAACUCCAACAGCAAGUCCUACUGGCACUCCAACUGGAACCACUGGAACCCCAACCGGAACCCCAACUGGAACCCCUACAGAAUGCCAACCGCUGCCCCAACUGGCACACCAACUGGGACCACUGGGAUCCCAACAGACACUCCCAUGGGUUCCCCUACCAGAGACCAACAGCUGCCCUAA